CUCCCACGGCAUCUCUCUGCGCUGCCUCCCAACUGCUGCCCAUGGCAGUGAUCGUCCGAUGGACGGCCUUCUCUCAUUCCUCCCUUGCCUUCUUCCCCUGUCCCAGCGCUACUGCUCGCCUCUCUCUGCCCCGCCGUACCUUCUCCCGAUUCACUCGCUGCCUCUCCCUCGCGACUUCUCCUCCGGCUUAUCCGGAAUCAGGCGAUCCCACGAGCUCCAAAGUCCUGCUGAAGGGGAUGGAAUUUACCGAACUCGAAAAAUGGGUCAAGUCGCAAGGAUUUAGGUCGGGGCAGGCAUUGAUGCUGUGGAAGUGUCUAUAUGGGAACAACAAUUGGGCACAGAGCUGUGAGGAAUUGGCAGGUUUAAACAAAGAAUUUAGAAAGAUGUUAAGUGAAAAUUCUUCUCUUAUGGCAUUGUCAGUGAAAGAUGUACUCACUGCAUCUGACGGGACUCGAAAGAUUUUGUUCACUUUGGAUGAUGGAUCAGUGAUAGAAACAGUUGUUAUACCAUGCGAUAGAGGGAGGACUACAGUUUGUGUCUCUAGUCAAGUGGGUUGUGCCAUGAAUUGUCAGUUCUGCUACACUGGGAGAAUGGGCUUAAGGAAGCACUUGUCAACAGCAGAAAUUGUUGAACAGGCAGUUUUUGCUCGCCGAUUAUUUUCAAGUGAAUUUGGAUCAAUUACAAAUGUAGUAUUCAUGGGCAUGGGUGAACCACUGCAUAAUAUAGAUAAUGUCAUUAAAGCGGCAGCCAUAAUGGUGGAUGAGCAAGGCCUUCAAUUUAGCCCAAGGAAGGUGACUGUCUCAACCAGUGGACUUGUCCCUCCGUUAAAACGGUUUCUUCGGGAAUCAACAUGUGCAUUAGCAGUUAGUCUAAAUGCUACAACAGAUGAGGUAAGAAAUUGGAUCAUGCCUAUCAACAGGAAAUACAAUCUUAGCCUGCUUCUUGAGACAUUGAGGGAGGAACUUUUAUCCAAACACAAGUACAAAGUACUAUUUGAGUAUGUGAUGCUUGCAGGAGUAAAUGACAGCAUGGAGGAUGCAAAGAGGCUUAUAGAACUUGUUCGUGGGAUUCCUUGCAAGAUAAAUCUCAUUUCAUUCAACCCUCACUGUGGAACACAAUUCAAACCAACUCCAGAGGAAAAGAUGAUAGAGUUCCGCAAUGUCCUGGCCGAAGCUGGGGUCGUAGUUUUCUUAAGACUUAGCAGAGGGAAUGAUCAGAUGGCUGCUUGUGGUCAGCUUGGGAAGCCUGGGUACAUCCAGCCACCUUUGCUUCGUGUUCCUGAGCGAUUUCAAACGGCUGUAUGACAUCCAAGGAUGUUUUUGGUGUUGGAUGGAAAGGAUGAGGUGCUUUAGAUGCAAAUGAUACUACAGUUGUUAUAGCUGUUUGUUACAUUGUUUGGAAUUGCUUAAGGUGCUGUGGAACUCCUAAAUGACAGAUCAAUUCUCUAGAAGUUGUUUAUGCUGAAGUUAUGGAUUGCAAAUAGUCUGUAUUCUUGAGACACUGUUCCAUUUUACUCUACUGUCUCAAGGAACAUUUGAGUUAGAAUAUAUUAAUUUAUCUUUUGAAAAA